UAUUUUGAUGACCAAAACUACUGUUCAAAUUUCUUUAAAAUAAAACAUUCCAAUUGGAGAUAUGUUCCUUAAGUUCUUCUCCACAUAACAUAACAUAGUACCAAUUAUGGGAUCCUCCUGCAGUUGUUGUGGCUCAGAGAAGGUUGAAGAAGUGCCAACGUCAUUUGGUGUAGCUAAUAAUUCUUGGAGAAUAUUCACAUACAAGGAGUUGCAUGCAGCUACUAAUGGGUUCAGUGAUGAUUAUAAACUUGGUGAAGGUGGAUUUGGAAGUGUUUAUUGGGGAAGAACAACUGAUGGUCUCCAGAUAGCAGUGAAGAAACUGAAAGCAAUGAACUCAAAAGCAGAAAUGGAAUUUGCUGUAGAAGUUGAAGUGCUUGGAAGGGUCAGGCACAAAAAUUUAUUGGGUCUUAGGGGCUAUUGUGUUGGAGAUGAUCAACGACUUAUUGUGUAUGAUUACAUGCCAAAUCUCAGUCUUCUUUCUCAUCUCCAUGGUCAGUUUGCUAUUGAAGUGCAACUCAAUUGGCAAAGGAGAAUGAACAUAGCAAUUGGCUCUGCCGAAGGCAUUUUGUACUUGCACCAAGAGGUCACACCCCACAUUAUCCAUAGAGAUAUCAAAGCAAGUAAUGUUUUGCUUGAUUCAGAUUUUGUGCCUCUAGUUGCUGAUUUUGGGUUUGCAAAGCUAAUCCCAGAAGGAGUUAGUCACAUGACAACUCGUGUCAAAGGUACCUUAGGAUACUUAGCACCUGAGUAUGCCAUGUGGGGUAAGGUUUCUGAAAGUUGUGAUGUUUAUAGUUUUGGAAUUCUUCUUUUAGAGCUUGUAACUGGUAGAAAGCCCAUUGAAAAACUACCUGGUGGGCUUAAGAGAACAAUAACUGAAUGGGCCGAGCCUUUAAUAACCAAAGGAAGGUUUAGAGAUCUUGUUGAUCCAAAACUAAGAGGAAACUUUGAUGAAAAUCAAGUGAAACAAACAAUUAAUGUGGCUGCUCUUUGUGUGCAAAGUGAACCUGAAAAACGACCAAAUAUGAAGCAAGUUGUUAACCUUUUGAAAGGAUAUGAAGCUGAUCAAGGGAAAGUGACUAAGAUGAGAAUAGAUAGUGUCAAGUAUAAUGAGGAAUUAUUGGCACUUGACCAACCUAGUGAUGAUGAUUAUGAUGGAAAUAGUAGUUAUGGUGUUUUCAGUGCUAUUGAUGUUCAAAAGAUGAAUGAUCCGUAUUACAAGCGUGGUGAUAACAAGAAAAUUUGAUGAUUUAUGUGUAAUGUAGCCAACUUAAGUUCUUUGUGAAGUCUUUUUUAUGUAUUGGUGUAAUUGAAUCAACUUUGAAGUAGAACUUUUGUGUUAUGACUAAUGGUAGAACUCCAUUUUUCUUUUGAGA